GAACUGCGCAAUGUCAUUGACAAGCUGGCUCAGUUUGUGGCCCGGAACGGCCCUGAGUUCGAGAAGAUGACGAUGGAGAAGCAGAAGGAGAACCCCAAGUUUUCGUUCCUCUUUGGGGGUGACUUCUAUGGCUAUUACAAAUACAAGCUGGCCCUGGAGCAACAACAGUUGCUGUGCAAGCAGAGCCAGGACAUAGAGCCUGCCCCACAGAUCCAGGCGCUGCCCCAGCCGUCCUUGCCCCCUGCGGCAGCUCCCCUCCCCGCGUCUCAAGGGGCUCCCUCUAUGGAAGAGCUCAUCCAGCAGAGCCAGUGGAAUCUGCAGCAGCAGGAACAGCACCUCCUGGCCCUGAGACAGGAGCAAAUCACCUCUGCAAUCACUGUGGCUCUUGAACAGCAAAUGCAGAAAGUUUUGGAGGAAACCCAGCUGGACAUGAAUGAAUUUGACAACUUGCUGCAGCCGAUUAUCGACACGUGCACAAAAGAUGCCAUCUCGGCUGGCAAGAACUGGAUGUUCAGCAAUGCAAAGUCUCCCCAGCACUGCGAGCUGAUGGCGGGGCAUCUGCGCAACCGCAUCACCGCCGACGGAGCGCAUUUUGAGCUCCGGCUGCACUUGAUCUACCUGAUUAAUGACGUGCUGCAUCACUGCCAGCGGAAGCAGCAGCGAGACCUGCUGGCGGCCCUGCAGAAGGUGGUUGUGCCCCUUUACUGCACCAGCUUCCUGGCCGUGGAGGAGGACAAGCAGCAGAAGAUUGCCCGGCUCCUUCAGCUGUGGGAGAAGAAUGGCUAUUUUGACGAGUCCAUCAUCCAGCAGCUGCAGAGCCCGGCCCUGGGCCUCGGCCAGUACCAGGCCACCCUCAUCACGGAGUACAGCAGUGUGGUGCAGCCGGUCCAGCUGGCCUUCCAGCAGCAGAUGCAGACCCUGAAGAGCCAGCACGAGGACUUCGUCAGCAGCCUGACCCAGCAGCAGCAGCAGCUGCAAAUCCCCCCCCUGGAAAGUGAGGUGAAAGCGGCCCCUCCUGCCCCAGCGGCCGCUCCAGCCCCUGCGCCUCCUCCCGCAGCGGCCAUCUCACAAGCAGACGACGGGAAGGCUGCCCUGCCACUCGCGGGCUCCGGCGACUACGAGGCAUCCGCAGCAGGGGCCGGGGCCCCAGAUCCUGCUGCUCCGGGGCCUCGUGGGCCCGGCGCUCACGAGCACAUCCCUCCCAAUAAGCCGCCCUGGUUUGACCAGCCCCACCCCGUGGCCCCGUGGGGACAGCAGCAGCCCCCGGACCAGCCGCCGUUCGCCCACCACCAGGGCCCUCCGCACUGCCCCCCCUGGAACAGCAACCACGAAGGGAUGUGGAACGAGCAGAGGGAGCCCGGGUGGAACAAUCAGCGUGAAACCCCCUGGAACAACCAGCCGGACCCUUCCUGGAACAACCAGUUCGAGGCGCCGUGGAACAACCAGCACGAGCAGCCCCCAUGGGGCGGGGGCCAGAGGGAGCCCCCCUUCCGCAUGCAGCGCCCCCCUCACUUCCGGGGGCCUUUCCCUCCUCACCAGCAGCACCCCCAGUUCAACCAGCCGCCACACCCCCCACACAACUUCAACCGCUUCCCCCCUCGCUUCAUGCAAGAUGACUUCCCCCCUCGGCACCCCUUUGAGAGGCCCCCCUAUCCCCACCGGUUUGACUACCCCCAGGGGGAUUUCCCUCAGGAGAUCGGGCCCCCACAUCAUCACCCUGGACACCGUAUGCCGCACCCUGGGAUCAGCGAGCACCCUCCCUGGGGUGGGCCGCAGCACCCAGACUUCGGGCCGCCUCCCCACGGAUUUAACGGGCAGCCCCCUCACAUGCGCAGGCAGGGCCCCCCUCACGUCAACCACGACGACCCCAGCCUGGUGCCAAACGUCCCUUACUUCGACCUCCCCGCUGGCCUCAUGGCUCCCCUUGUCAAACUGGAAGACCACGAGUACAAGCCCUUGGAUCCCAAGGACAUUCGCCUGCCCCCACCCAUGCCCCCCAGCGAGAGGCUGCUGGCUGCGGUGGAGGCCUUUUACAGCCCUCCCUCCCACGACAGGCCCAGAAACAGUGAGGGAUGGGAGCAGAAUGGGCUGUACGAGUUCUUCAGAGCCAAAAUGCGUGCCCGGCGGCGGAAGGGACAAGAAAAGAGGAACAGUGGUCCGUCACGCUCUCGCAGCCGAUCUAAGAGCAGGGGCCGCUCCUCUUCCCGCUCCAAUUCGAGGUCUUCAAAGUCAUCAGGCUCGUACUCCAGGUCUCGGUCCAGAUCCUGCUCUCGGUCCAGAUCCUACUCCCGAUCGCAGUCCAGGAGCCGGAGCCGAUCCCACUCUUCUCGAAGCCGCUCGCGGUCUAGGUCCCGAUCCAAAUCCUACUCCCCUGGAAGGCGGCACCGAUCCCGAUCUCGCAGCCAAACUCCUCCCUCUGCAGCCGGACUGGGCUCCAGCUCUGGGAGUCACGUCUCUGAUUCCAGACUGGGAGAGGAAAAUAAAGGGCACCAGAUGCUCGUGAAGAUGGGCUGGAGCGGAUCUGGGGGCUUGGGGGCCAAGGAGCAGGGGAUCCAGGACCCCAUUAAAGGAGGGGACAUCAGAGACAAGUGGGAUCAGUACAAGGGUGUCGGAGUGGCCCUGGAUGAUCCCUACGAAAACUACCGGAGGAACAAGAGCUACUCCUUCAUUGCUCGCAUGAAGGCCAGAGAUGAAAUUCACACGAAGCUUGCUCCAGGGCCGGAGGUGGACGGACGCUUGUGA